AGGCCUUGAAUCGAAUUGUCUGUCACUAAAACACUCUCCAAACGAACAAAAAAGAUCCAAAAGAAAAUAUAUUCAGUACAAUGAAUCGGAAUCCUCAGGUAUGCAGUGCGCGUGUAGGCCCAGAGGUUCUCCUAGAUGCGGAAGAAUCACAGUUGGUUCGUUGUCGGGACACAGCUGUUUGCCCAUACGUGGAAAACUCCGAGUUGGCUCGCGAUGAGACCCCGGAGACCCCCCUGGAAAUAUCUCCAUACUCGAACAACCCAGAGAUUUCCCAGAAGCUUCAGAACUCAAAGUCGGGAUCCGGAAAGAGCACAGCCAUUGGCCCAGACGUGGAAGACUCACAGCUGGUUUGCUAUUCAGAGCUGGGGUCCGAUGAGGACCUAAACGAGGACGAGGACGACUACCAGUCGGGCGUACAGAUCAUAGAGAUCCCUAAGACUCCCAGGGGAGUCGCAAAAGUGACCCGCGAUAGGUCUGAGAUCAAUAUGCGAAUGAAGCGUUGGCAGGACAAACUGAACGCCUACAAGGGACUGGUGAAACGCCACCACGAGCUGUGCGCGAUCUACGAGGAGAAACGACUUGCAGUAGCCGCAGGGCUGGCUGAGAUUACCAGAGAAAUGGACGAGUUGGGCUGCUGGCCCGAUGGUGUCCCGGAGGGUCAAGGGGACGGCGCGGAUGGGAACGAAAUGGCACUGGUCGAGGCAGAUGAAAACCUGAAAUCAUCCGGAGAUGGCUGCACUAUUUGUUGAGCCAUGAGCUCACUCUAUAUCCUCUCGGGGUGUUUAUAUAUUUGUUAAUGUUGCAUUGAGCUUGAGACACACACACAAGACACUCCUUUAGGACAGCAAUAAACUCAUGCAAAA